AUGUUGAUGUACACCAAACACUGCACCUCCAGCCACGACUCCGUGAAGCUGAUCAAGUUCGCGGACGACACCACCCUCAUUGGACUCAUCUCCAACAACGAUGAGUCCGCCUACAGGAGGGAGGUGGACCGCCACGACUCCGUGAAGCUGAUCAAGUUCGCGGACGACACCACCCUCAUUGGACUCAUCUCCAACAACGAUGAGUCCGCCUACAGGAGGGAGGUGGACCGGCUGGUGUCCUGGUGCAGUGGUAACAACCUGGAGCUAAACGCCCAGAAGACAGUGGAGAUGAUUGUGGACUUCAGGAAGAGCACUGUCCCCCCGCCCCCACCCUCCGUGAUGGACUCCCCCAUCACCUCUGUGGAGUCCUUCCGUUUCCUGGGCACCACCAUCACCCAGGACCUCAAGUGGGAGCCGACCAUCAGCUCCCGAAUCAAGAAGGCCCAGCAGAGGAUGUACUUCCUGUGGCAGCUCAGGAAAGCCAAGCUGCCUGCACAGAUGCUGGUGCAGUUCUACACGGCCAUCAUCGAGUCCAUCCUCACCUCCUCCAUCACCGUGUGGUUCGCUGGAGCCACAGUCAGGGACAAACAGAGACUACAGCGCAUUGUGCGCUCUGCAGAGGAAGUGAUCGGCCGCAGCCUUCCAUCGCUGCAGGACCUCUGGUACUUGAACCCUGGGCCUUUUGGGUUUUGGAGGCCAGCCCAGACCCCACAAUCCCCCCAGCGCCCCAUCCAGCUGCCUGACCCCUCCCUGACCCCGCACCGAGGAUAG